CAUGUCACGUGUCCAAACAAACGCGGUAGUGUUGAGUAAAGUUGGACCAGAAGAUUAUAUUGAAUAUUGUCUCGUUUUGUUGAUAUGUUAUUAUUAUUAUAGCUAUAUGUAGACAUAGCCGCAUUGUUAAGGUCACUUAUUCAACGUCGUUUUAGGGAUUAAUGGCGUCCUAUGUGUGGCUAUCAUUAUUAUCCAACCUGACGCUGUGUGUGUCUGCUCUUUUCUGUUCUUAUAAACUCUUUAAGGACCACAGAGCUCCCUCAGUUGGACUCUUGCUAGUUGGGCUAGCUGCAGGACUUUGUGUUUUACCUUCCUCAAGCACACUCCUCACCUCCAUCCAGAAAGAUGCAGUCUGGGCCGGAGACAUUCUUGCUCCAUCGCUGCUCGCCUUCCACUUCCUGUGGUUGAGUGAGGAUCACAGCACAGCAGGCAUUCUCUUGGUCGGCUCCUGCCUGCUGCUGGGCCUGUGUGACAGUCUCUCAGCAGAUACACUGGUGGUCCUGAGUCGCUGCCUGGGCCUGGCGUCCUUGUCCUGCUGCCUCAUGGUGUGUCUGUUUGCCGGAAACAUGACAGGCGCCUUGACUAGCGUGGCUCUCAGUUUGCCCGUGCUUUUGGCUCCCACUUUUGGGAGAGACACUUUUGCAUCUCUUACUUCCCCGGCCGCCAAUGAGGGAAUGAUGAGAUUGUUUUUGAAAGGGUUCAUGUCCGUAGGAUGUUGGGCCUCCACUCGUUCCCUUCACAAGUUUCUGUUGGAUGUGACUGACCGAUAUAAUUUACACAUAUAGAACUACUAAUACCGUCUCCAUCUUCAGGAAUUUAAUUAAGAGACUAAUAAAAGGCUCAGGAACAGUUUGUAAUAUUUCUAAUGUGUGAUUAGAAAAUGAAAAUAUAAUUCCAGUAAUCAUCAAAAUGAUGAAAGAAAUUAAAUACAUUCUUGAAUUAUUUCACUGUAUGUAGUUUACUGAAACUUUACAAAAAUAA